AUGACGAACAGUUCGACCUGCACUGAAACAGACCUCAAGCCCUACUAUGCGAUUACGUACACUUUCAUCCUCAUCCCUGGACUAAUAGGAAACACAUUAGCUUUGUGGGUCUUUUAUGGGUACAUGAAAGAGACUAAAAGGGCCGUAAUAUUUAUGAUCAAUUUAGCCAUUGCCGACCUAUCGCAGGUUUUGUCCUUGCCCCUGAGGAUUUUCUACUACUUGACCGGGACGUGGGAAUUUGGAGGAGGUCUCUGCAUGCUUUGCUUCUACCUGAAGUACGUCAAUAUGUACGCAAGCAUCUACUUCUUGGUUUGCAUCAGCGUACGAAGAUAUUUGUUUCUUAUGCACCCAUUCAAAUUCAGUGACUGCAAACGCAUCUGUGAUGUGUAUAUCAGCAUCGCUGGGUGGGUUGUGGUCUGCGUUGGCUGUUUGCCUUUCCCGCUUCUCAGGCUUCACCAGGAUGUUAGAAACACGUGUUUUGUGGAUCUCCCCGUAAAGGAAGUGGAACUUCCCCUCUCCAUUGCAAUGAUGACGAUUGGUGAAUUGGUGGGGUUCGUAACACCCCUAUUCAUCAUCCUAUACUGCUCGUGGAAGACCAUCUUAUCAUUAAAAGAAAAAAAUUCUGCUUCACAUGACCUCGGAGAGAAAAAAAAGGCUUUAAAGAUGAUUCUCACUUGUGCUUUGGUAUUUCUGAUUUGCUUUGCACCUUAUCAUAUCAGCUUUCCACUAGAUUUCUUUGUCAAAACCAAAAAGAUUAAAAAUGGGUGCGUCCAGAAGGUGAUCUCGGUGUUUCACGUCGUAGCUUUGUGCCUUGCCAGCCUGAACUCCUGCGUGGACCCAGUCAUCUACUACUUUACUACAGAUGAGUUCAGGAGACGCCUUUCCAGGCAGGACUUGCAAGACAGCAUUCAGCUCCACAACCUCAGUUACGUGAGGAAGCACUCCAGAGAUACGCUCAGGGAGGAUUCCCUGCCAACAACCGCGCCAGGCGGGCUUUGUGCUGAAGCGACAAGUGGCUUUUUGACACAAACAGCCCUUCCCGAAUACUUCAAAGACCAAGAAACAACAGCAUCAACCUACAACAUCUAA